AUGGAGACCUUCUCUCUGCUGCGACUUGGCCUAUGGUUGGUUUUUGCAGGAGCUCCAGAAAGUAUAACGGAGGUAAUUAAAGAAGAAUUUUUAGAGGAAGAGAUGCAAUAUGACACGGCAAAAUGUGACCAAGAAAAGCAGACCGUUGUGGUUUUAAUGAAUUGGACUCUGUUAGAUAGAAAUACCAGCCUCAGUAUGUCCAACGAUGUGAGGUCGUUCUCAUUACUGACAUUCAGAAGAUUGUGUUAUAGCUUCCCCCAAAGAAGUGGUCCAGUUAGUAACAAAAAGCACUACAAUGACGUGACAGUCUGGAGAAAAGUUUCAGAAGCUAAUGGGUCAUGCAAGUCAAGUAACAACUUCAUUUAUGGCUCCAUGGAAGUGAUCUGCGGGGUCUCCGAGGCUGCCAGCUGCAAGAGUGGGCAGAAUCCUGGCAUAAGCUGCUCUGAGAGCCUGGAACACGGGACCACUACAUGCCAGAUCACCAUGGGCAAACAGUCCCCCAGGUGCCAACACCACAGUGUCACCUCAUUAAAGAAAAUGAUGGUGGUGCUGACAAGUCAUUCUCUGAUGAGCUGGUUAGUUAGUGACUCUAAGUUGUAA